CAACGUUCAUUGGUCGUUCAACAGCUGUUUACAGUGUUUCAAGAUGGGUUCCGUUCUAUCGCAGGUGUUCCGACUUAAUUGAACACCUGUUUUGCUGUGUUGUUGUCUUUAGUUGUCUCCCCGGGCAGCAGCAGCAGAUUUAUUUCGGGGAGAUGUCUAGCGCGGGGUUGAAGUGCCCGGGCUGCGGCUCGUCAAACAUCGUCGAUGAUGAUUUGUACUCUCAGGCGCAGCUGGUGUGUGUGGACUGCGGCUCGGUGGUGUCUGAAGGAGCGCUGGCCAAUGACCCGGUCGGAGGCUCAGUCGUCAGCUACAGCCGAACAACAGCUGUGACCAAGAAGCCGUGUAUGAACCUGAUAAAAGGUCUGCAGCAUCUGAAAGCCCUAUGCCGGACUCUCAGGGUCCACGAUGAAAUCUUGGAUCUCUCACAGACCUUUUAUAACCGGGCCUAUCAGCAUGAAACUUUCAUCAGAGUGAGCCUCCAGAAGAAAGAAAUCCUUGCUGGUUGCUGUGUGCUUGUAAGCUGCAGACUGCUCAAUUGGCCCAUUACCAUGGGAACCAUCAGCUGCCUGCUGGAUGCCGACCCAAUGGUGGUGGGUGCCAUCUAUCAAGAGAUGGUCAAGAUCCUUAACAUCGAGGCUCCAAUCGUCAACGUCACAGAUGUAAUGGAGGCCCACAGUCAGGAAUACAAAAUUAGCUCGCUUCACGUUCCUGAAGAAUUUGCUGAGAACUCCAAGGACCUGACCAAACGUGCCGUGGCCCUGGUGGAGCUAGCAGCAGAUUCCUGGAUCGUGACCGGCCGUAAGCCCAUCCCCAUUAUGAUGGCGUCAGUCUUUUUAGCUUGGCAGUCCUUGAAUCCCAACAAGCAACGUCUCAAAUUCUCUCUGGAGAAAUUCUGUCAGUUAGCCAAAGUGAAUAAGAACAAGUCUGCUUUGAAGAGAAUAACCGAGAUAAAGGAGGUACUGUGUAAGCUGGGUAAGGAGAUCCCCUGGGUCAGGGAAGCGGUGACGCCAGAUAAUGUUGUUCGACAGGUGGAGGACAUUCUGAUGAACAGGUAUGCACUGCUACGGAGGGCUCUGAGAACCCAUGAGGUUACUCUGCUGGCAGAGUGUCAGGCCGGCUGUGAGGACUCCCAAAUCUCUGAGCUUGUAGAUCAGUCUCUGAAAACGUCCUCUGUGAAAGAAUGUGAACCGAAUGCUGAAAGGGCUGAGCAUCCAGGAGAUGGAGAUGGUAAUCCAUGCACAAUGUCUGGGCCGCACAGUGACACAGGCACUCAGGAGAGCCAAGAUCCAGCACAAAACUGGGGGAAGAGAGUGUUGUUUGCUCCCCCAUGUGUGAUUCAUGCUAAGAAAAGGAGAGUGGAGCAGCCAGAGCUUAGGGAUGUAACUGGUUAUGAGGAAAUCUCUGACAGUGAAAUUGACUCUUACAUUCGCACUCCUCAGGAAGCCCGAGACUUUGCUCUGACACAGAAGAUGUUGUACUUGUCUGAGAAUGAGAAAUCAUAAUGCGGUCAAUUAUGGUUACGUAUCAAGACCAGUGUUUACUUCCUUGGUUAUUUGAUAUGUAAGGAAAACAUAUCUUUUUUUUAAGCUUAAAGCACUCUCUAUUUUAGGAGCAUUACAAAAAGGAUGCAGUUUUUUUUCACCUCUGUAAGACUUAUUGAGAUCAUAAGAGAUUACACAACUUUCUUAAAAUUAAGUUUUAGCAUGUCUAAGUAACAGAAUGUAUGUAUUAACUAUUUUGCUGCUUAUACUCAGUUAACCUUCAAAAUCCUUGAAAUGAAAUUGUGUUAUGGUUACAAAAUUACUGGUCACACUACAUGAUGUGCAAUCAGCAAAAAACACAGUAUGAGAAUCCCUACUGAACAUUUAGGCUUAACCCUAACAUGAAAGUGCCUGCUAUUAAAUCAUUUACUAUGUUCACAAUGUGGAAUGUCUGGGACAUUUUAUGGGUUUUCACAUUUAUAGCAACUCUUUCCUUUUUAAAUAGGCCUUUUCCACUGACGACAUGUGGACACGUCACAGUAGGAAAAGCAUAAGUGUAAAUAAUAAACUUAAUUAGGAUUAAUUCCAUCUAUCUGCUUUGGUUUCAGGGUCCUGGUAUUGUGCAUGAGAGGAAAUGAUCUAAUGUUGCAAGUUGCUGCCUGCAUGUUGUAAAUUUAGUGAAAUGGGCCCUGGAGUCUGUGGCUUUUCUGUUUGUGUAGCAGGAUGCCAUAAGGCGCAGUGUGACUGUCUGCUCUAACUAUGAUAAAAAUGUAUAUUUUUUAUUAAAGAUUUGCUUUGCUGUAUGAA